CCAGGAGCCUUCCAUUCGGAGCAGUCCCUGAGGCUUCUUCUCAGAUGGAGAGGCUCUCCUGAGAAGUAGGGUCUCCUGCUGGCCAUGGGGGCCAAGAAGAAGGAGGAGGAGGAGGAAGGGCAGGAUGAGUCUUCCUCUUCUACCUCUUAUGGGGAGAAGUGUAAAUAUGAUCCCUCUUUUCGCGGUCCUAUCCAGAAAAGGAGCUGCACAGAUAUUAUUUGCUGUGUCCUUUUCACGGUUUUUAUCGCUGGUUACAUUGUAGUGGGAAUUGUGGCCUGGGUUUAUGGUGACCCUCGGCAGGUUAUUUAUCCCAGGAAUUCAACUGGAUCCUAUUGUGGAAUUGGUGUCAACCGCAACAAACCUUUCUUGCUGUACUUCAACAUUAUCAAAUGUGCCACGGGUCUGAAUGUCCUCGCAGCGGCAAUGAAUGGAUUGCAGUGCCCUACGACGCAGAUUUGUGUCUCAUCCUGUACAGAAAAAUUCUGGGCCGUGCCUCCAAGUGUUUUUGUUGCUGCCAUUUCUGAGCCUCCUUCACAAAUAUGGAACCAGAUGUUGUGCCAGCCACGUAUUGACCUUCAGAAUACCAGUCUGACUGCAAAAGAAAUUCUCAACAGAGGACUUUGUCCUGAAUACACGCUCCCAACUAAACCAAUCCUUAAUCGCUGCUUUCCUACUUUUGAUGUCUCUCAAGCUGAAAAUUUUACCUUGAGUGGGAUGACAGUAAAUCAAACUGUUGAAUACAUCAAAUCUGGUACAGACCAGCUGAUAAAGUCUCUCGAUGCUAAAAAUAUUGGGAUGAAGAUCUUUGAGGAUUUCACACGGUCAUGGUACUGGAUCCUGAUAGGGCUCCUGAUCGCCAUGGUGCUGAGCCUCCUCUUCCUUCUGCUACUCAGGUUCACUGCUGGGGUGCUAGUGUGGAUUCUCAUUCUUGGGGUGCUGGCAGUGAUUGCAUAUGGAAUUUACCACUGUUAUAUGGAAUAUAGUGAGCUCAACAAACAGGGCGCCACCAUCCAGAGCAUUGGAUUUACCACCAACUUGAGCGCCUAUGGCAGUGUCAAGGAAACCUGGCUUGUGGUUUUGAUUAUCCUCUGUGUGGUGGAAGCCAUCUUGCUUCUCACUCUCUUGUUCUUGCGCAAACGCAUCUUCAUUGCCAUUGCCCUCAUCCGGGAAGCCAGUCGAGCCAUCGGAUACAUGAUGUCUACCCUCGCCUACCCGCUAGUGACUUUCAUCUUGUUGGUGAUAUGUGUAGCCUACUGGGGUAUGACUGCCCUAUAUCUUGCCACUUCUGGAGCACCCCUUUAUCGAAUGGCCCCAACAAACCAGAGCGAUCCUGCCUGUGAAGGCAUCUCUGGCAAUGAGAGCUGUAAUCCAUUGCAAUUCAAUGCUUCUGCAUACCUCCCAUGCCCAGUGGAAUGCAUCUUCUUCAAGUACAAUGACCAAGGGCUGGUCCAGCGCAACCUCUUCAACCUGCAGAUUUACAACGUCGUGGGCUUCCUCUGGUGCAUCAACUUUGUCAUUGCCCUCGGACAGUGUGUGCUGGCGGGAGCCUUUGCCUCUUACUACUGGGCCUUCAACAAGCCCCGAGACAUCCCAGCCUGUGCUGUGUCUGCUGCCUUCAUCCGAACAUUAAGAUAUCACAUAGGAUCUCUGGCAUUUGGCUCCUUGAUCCUGACCAUUGUCCAAGUCAUCCGUAUCAUCCUAGAAUAUCUGGACCACAAGUUGAAAGAUUCCGAUAAUCCAGCUGCCCGGUGUAUCUUGUGCUGCCUGAAAUGUUGCUUCUGGUGUCUGGAAAAGUUCAUCAAGUUCCUUAACAGAAAUGCCUACAUAAUGAUUGCCAUUUAUGGGAAGAACUUCUGUGUCUCUGCCAGAAAUGCCUUCAAGCUAUUGAUGAGGAACGUUGUCAGGGUUGUGGUCCUGGAUAAAAUCACAGACUUGUUGCUCCUAUUUGGGAAGCUUUUGGUAGUUGGAGGAGUUGGUGUACUAUCUUUCUUCUUCUUCACGGGACGGAUUCCCAUUCAUGACUCCCGGUUCCACUCUCCUAUUCUGAACUACUACUGGCUGCCCAUUCUGACUGUGGUGGUAGGUUCCUACCUCAUUGCCCAAGGCUUCUUCAGUGUCUACAGUAUGUGUGUUGACACUCUGUUCCUCUGUUUCUUGGAAGACUUGGAGCGCAAUGAUGGCUCCCAGGAGAAGCCGUAUUACAUGGACAAGUCACUCAUGAAGAUUCUCAACAAAAAGAACAGGAAACCUAAGGACCAGAAGAAAUAAUUCUUGCAAGGGUGCAUGUCCCAGCCUUCAGUUUGCUGAUUUGCAUUACCGGUCCACAUCAUUUCUUAUUAUAACAUUCCCUCUCUGCCACUACUGGAUUGUAAGCCUUGUGGCUUAACAGCAAGUACAACUAAUAUGCAUUUUCCUAAUUUUUUUAAUGGACAAGAAGACUUGCCAAUUUUGCUUCAUUUUUGUUUUACAUACAAAUUUUUAAACAGUGGCAGCCAUUUUAACACAAAACCUCACCCUUGGCCCAGCCAUGUUGUUUUUGGAAGUCUUCUGUGGCUAACUGUGGUGGUAUUCCUUACUCUGGCAAACUGGUCAGUGCUAUCAUGUCCACUCCAGUAGCCCCUUUCAGGCCGUCUCUCUUGUCUUCCAAACACUAAUUCUUGCCCAUUGUGUCCCUGACUGAAUUUAUACUGAAUUUAUUCUUGCCCACAUUAUGGUUGGCUAGUUGUCUCUUGGUCUCUACGCAAUGUCUUAAUAAGCACCAAGCUUCUUUCUGGGCUUUGGCAUUCUUUGGAUCUAACUAAGUGACUGGGAACCACAUAGAUGCCUCUUGUGAAACUUGUGGCAAUGCAAUGUCGCUGUAUUUCUCUGGUUCUUUCACAGAAGGUUACAAGUACAGUACUACAACAUAAAUCUUUCAAGUGGCUUCUGCUUAUUCCCAGUUGCCUAGUUCUACCCUGAUAACAACUGGUUUUUUAAAAUCUUUUUUCUCUCUCCCAUGUUUGCUUUUGUUUAGAUUAACUCUCAGCUGCAAUAUGGUUGUCAGGCCCAAUGAUGCUGUCUUUCUGUUGUCUACUGACCUUUUCUCUGGGACAUUAGCACACUUCGAACAAUUAAUUAUGCUUUUAAAACUAGUGAAACAAGUGGGGCUUAAUCCCACUUAAUUCUACCCUGAAUAAUGGAUUGUCUUGUUUCUAAGUGCCUUCACUGAAAAAUUACAUUUAUCUCUUCCCACAAUGCUUAAUAGGGUUGUUCUGCUAAGUCUAACUUAGACUCAUAAGGAAAGCAGACUUUUUAAAUCUGUACAUUUUAAACCUGGACUUCUGCCAAUCAGCUCUCAUUUUUGCACUGUUUAUAUGGUUCUGGAAGCCCUUUUAAAAUAAUAAAGGUCAUGUUCAUGGCAUUCUUCAGAUCUGUUUUUAUAUUGCCCAGGUGAGCUGCUAAAAUGUACUGUAUAUAGACUUUUUUUUCUUUCUGUACAGAAAUAAAUUUUAAAAAUUGUAGGA